GACUCAUCCAAUAGACAUUGAGGACGUGCUUUCUUUGCUUAUAAAUGACAAGGUGACAGCCUGGAAGGUACAUUCAUUGACUGCAGCUGCUAAAUUGAGCCUUCUGUUCCUGGGUCUGUUUGUACUGUACUAAUAGACAUCCACCAUGUACGCCUGUGCUAAGUUUGUCACCUCACCUGCUGUGCUGCGCGGUGGGUCCAGAGUGUUGGCCCGGCCUGUGUCUGUGUCCAUCUUCAACAGACCUGAGGCAAGAAGCGAGCAGCAGGCACUGUUGCCAAUGAGUGACUCCUCCAUGGUGAGCGUGGCACGCAGCUUCCAGACCAGUGCUGUGUCCAGAGACAUCGACACAGCCGCCAAGUUCAUUGGUGCCGGAGCAGCCACCGUGGGAGUGGCCGGGUCAGGGGCUGGUAUUGGAACAGUGUUCGGCAGCCUCAUCAUUGGCUAUGCCAGAAACCCCUCCUUGAAACAGCAGCUCUUCUCUUAUGCCAUUUUGGGUUUCGCUCUGUCUGAGGCUAUGGGUCUCUUCUGUCUCAUGGUGGCUUUCCUCAUUCUGUUCGCCAUGUAACUGGGCACUUGUUCUUCUGCAGCUUCCAUCACCACCCCCCUUUUUUUUUUUUUUUUUUUUGUCCCCACAUCAUGUCCCCCCCCCCCCCUCCCAGGGAUCGGAACUCUUCUUAUGACGUGCAGCUGACGUCACUGUGGCAACGCCAUUCCAUCAGAUCUACUAAAGUCCUACCUUUUUAUGUUCCUUUAUUUUUUUUUAUUUUUUUUUUUUUUUUCAAAGAUUUUAUGUAAGAUCUCACUCUGGUUUGGACAGUGUCUGAAUAAAUGAUUGGGAUAAA